UGGCGCACUUCCUCACAUAUGGCGUAAAGGUACACAACCCGAAAAAUGCAUUGAACAAAAAAAGUAAACAAUGUCGAAUUUUCGCCGAGCAUAGCGUAAAGGUUGGAUUACACUGUGAAUUAAGAAGGACAAAAUGACAACUCUCUCACCAUUCACUCCACCUAUCGUCAAAACUUUGCUGGGAUGGAAGAAAGGGGACAGCUCCGAAGUUGAUAAAUGGUCGGAAAAAGCCGUCAAAAGUUUAGUGAAAAAACUGAAAAAGACUGGGGGAUUAGAUGAACUGAAGAAAGCUAUCAGUACACAGGAUACAUCCACUAAGUGCAUUACAAUUCCGAGUUUGGAUUGUAGGUCACUGGAUGGCCGACUACAAGUCUCCCACAGAAAAGGUCUCCCCCAUGUGAUCUACUGCCGCCUGUGGCGGUGGCCAGAUCUACAGAACCACCAGGAGCUUCGCGCCGCGGAGUCAUGUGAAUGGGCCUUCCACAUGAAGAGGGAGGAGGUGUGCGUGAACCCGUACCAUUACACAAGAAUAGAGCCCCCAGUCCUACCGCCUGUGCUGGUUCCCAGGCACACUGAGGUACCAGACAAGAUGCCCCAGAUUGAGAACUAUGCCAUGACAGUUCCGGAAAACACAGAAUUUCCCACUGGAAGCAGCGAGAUCUUUAAUUUGCCAGAAACUCCACCCCCAGGGUACAUAAGUGAGGAUGGGGAGACCACAGACAAUCAAGGCAUGGAUGGAGUUGAUGUCGGAUCACCCAGUCCACCAAUGGAUGCCGACCCGGUGUCUUAUGUGGACCCACCCUACUGGUGCUCUAUUGCGUAUUAUGAACUGAACAAUCGUGUGGGGGAGACCUUUCAUGCCUCCCAGCCCUCCCUCACCGUCGACGGCUUCACAGACCCCUCCAACUCGGAGCGCUUUUGCCUGGGACUGCUGUCAAACAUCAACAGAACUCAACAGGUGGAGAUGACCAGACGCCACAUAGGCAAAGGGGUGCGCUUGUACUACAUUGGAGGCGAGGUCUUUGCAGAGUGUUUGAGCGAAAGCGCUGUGUUUGUACAGAGCCCUAACUGUAACCAGCGCUACGGCUGGCACCCGGCAACAGUGUGCAAAAUACCUCCAGGUUGCAACCUUAAAAUCUUCAACAACCAGGAGUUUGCGGCAUUGCUGGCGCAGUCUGUGAAUCAAGGCUUCGAGUCUGUGUACCAGCUAACAAGAAUGUGUACCAUUCGCAUGAGUUUUGUCAAAGGUUGGGGAGCCGAGUACAGGAGACAGACAGUUACAAGUACUCCAUGCUGGAUUGAGAUCCACCUGAAUGGCCCCCUACAGUGGCUGGACAGAGUACUAGUCCAGAUGGGGUCGCCCGGUCUACCCUGUUCCAGCAUGUCAUAAAAAUAAAAAUAGGAUGAAGCCCUGGGACCUUUGAGAAAAUGGCUGAGUUAACUGCCAAUACAAAAUGAAACUUGGUUGGAAAUUUUUUUAUUUUUUUUU